AUGGUGAUGGUGAUCACCUUGUUGUUGCUUUAUUGUGCCAACAAUGUACUUGUCCUAGGAAAGCAACAGCCGAUAUACUUCAACUUUGAUACAAAUGCCAGAUGUGAACCAUGGGUCGAACACUCCUUUUGUACAGGGUUAAUCAAGAAUCCAGACUCAAUCUUUGUAUCAUCGAUGAGAACACAGGCUGAUAUGGCUGCCAAUGCAACAAUGGCAGAGAAUCUCUACAAAUCACUAUCGACAAACUGUACAUCAAACGAAUUCAAUCGAAUAUUCUUCUGUAAUGCUAUCUUCACUGAAUGUAUAAACAUCACCCUAACAAACAAUGGCGUUACCAAUACUUAUGCACUUGGAGUGCCACCUUGCCAGUUGAACUGCGAAGACACAACGACGAGCUGUAUGCAGGGCUUCACAACUCCAGAGCUUAACUGCACUGCCCAGGAGGGUAGCAUCUACAACUACCCACCAAUGGUAAACAUAUACAACCUCACGGACUAUGGCGGCCAGCCCGGCCACGCCGUCCAAUGUUCCAACACGUCACAGAUUCAAACCAAUGGCACUGCGCCACCCAUCAGACCAUCGUGCAACUCGCCACUGGUCUACCAUCCCACCAACGACUACGCUGGCGAUGUGGAUCGUGGCUUCUAUCUUAUCAACGGAACAGACUGCGCACUACCAUGCCCGGCUCCACUAUUUAGCAAGCGAGAAUGGGACAACUUGAUGCUGAUGGUGUCAAUCGUCUCGCCCAUAUCAUUCUGUUGCGUGGCCGUCAACUUAAUCACCUACUUGGUCAUCAACAGAAAGUAUGAUCGAUAUGCCAUUGGCAUCAGCUUCCUGUCGUUCUCUACACUUCUGAUGAACAUGUCCGACUUCUUCUACAUUCACGAGGGAUGGAAGGCGAGUUGUCCCGAGCCAGGACGUUACGCUCGACAAGACAGUCCAUCCUGUGCCGCAGCCGGCUUUAUCUUCCAAUAUGGUGCCAUCUCUGCAAUCCUCUGGUGGACAUCAAUCACUUUUGACCUCUGGUUAAAUGUUAGAAAGAUCAAGAUGGCCAAGAACUAUGUUAAACAUUAUCUGAUCACAAUCAAUGUAGUGGCCAUUAGUUUAUCAAUUGCGCCUCUGUUUGCCAAACAAUAUGGAUACACGAUUGGAGGCAUUGGAUGUUGGAUAAUGGAUAAUAGUUGGCUAAAUGGAACCUUCUGGAUACCACUUGGUACCUGUCUAUUCAUUGGAGCAACAUUCAUCUUCCUAAUCAUUUAUGAAGUUUACAAAGUUGUAACUGCCGUUUCCGACAUCAAUGGCAGGAGUACAAAGAUGCGCCUGGUCCGAUUCAAUCUUCGACCAUUCUUGAUCAUCGUGUUCUUGUUUGGCGAGUUCAUCUAUCUGUUUGGAUAUCACUUCUAUAUACAGAGCCAGACUGAUUACUACACACAGAGGCUCAAGGACUUUGUCAUGUGCAUCAUGCUGAACAAAAGUCCAUCGUGCAGUGCCGAGGGCGCGCUGCCCUACAAGUCCAACUUCACCACCCUAUUCCUGAUGCGCAUCUAUGGCAUUGAACUGAUGAUCUUUUACGGCUUCACCCAAAAGACCAAGCGCAUAUGGCUACGCUCGCCAUUGUUAAAGCGUUUCAGGAGCUUCCUGGGCAUCAGCUCGGUGAGCGUCACCCCGCCCAACCAAGGCACGAUCAACAGUUCCAGUCGACAUCUCAGGACAAAGAAUAUGGACGACGAGGACGAAGACGAGAUAGAGUACGAAGAGGAGCAGGCAGAGAUGGAGAAGCAAGGUGAUGAUGUCCGCAGCCACGACGACAAGGAUGGAGGCGACAUCAACAACAAUAGCAACCAUAUCAACGAAUAA